AUGGACAAAAACUGCAUCGCAUAUCAGGUGGAGUUGUCCCUGCUGAUCGCUCUCCUGUCGUGGGUGUCGGUUUGGGGAGAUGACAGUAAGACAGUGAUUUCAGAAAGAUAUGCCGUGUACUGGAACAGCUCCAACCCCAGAUUCUCACAGGGCGAGUACACAGUGGAGGUGACAAUAAAUGAUUAUCUUGACGUCUACUGCCCACACUACGAGGAUCCUCAUCGGAUUCCUCAGGAGCGGAUGGAGAGAUACAUCCUUUUCAUGGUCAACUAUGACGGUUACACCACCUGUGACCACCGCAUGAAGGGGUUCAAACGCUGGGAGUGUAACCGGCCUCUCAGCCCAAACGGGCCCCUCAAGUUCUCUGAGAAGUUCCAACUCUUCACGCCCUUCUCCCUCGGCUUUGAGUUCCGCCCAGGGCAUGAGUACUACUACAUCUCCUCCCCACAUCCUAACCUGGCCGGGAAGCCCUGCCUAAAGCUGAAGGUCUACGUUAAGCCCACUAAUGACUCCGUGUAUGAGUCCCCAGAGCCCUUUCUGACAGAAGACGCCAGCGGGGGUUUGGAUCUCGCCCCGACUCUCUCUCUCAUUCUCACUGUGUCGCUCCUGCUCCUGGUUGGGUCGUCAUAG